AUGUCUGCCGAAAUGGACCAGUCCUGCCUCUUCCAAUCAGCUAACGAACGCCCUGAACCAAUCAGCGCUGAGAUAAAAGGUAUAAUUCCCACUUGGCUGACGGGAACCUUGGUACGGAUAGGACCUGGCAGAUUUGAGUGCGGUGAAACGCCGCUCAAACACUGGUUUGAUGGCCAAGGACUUCUGCACCGCUUUCACAUAGAAGCCGGUCAAGUGACAUACAGUAACAAGUUUGUGCGAAGCGACAGUUAUGCCGACACCUUAGAACGCGGUAAUCUUUCUCAUCUAGAGUUCGGCACAUUUGUUCCUCCUGAUCCAUGCAGGAACAUCUUUUCCCGUUUCUUCUCGCGCUUUCGUGGAAAAGAACUUCCCUUUGAUAACACCACUGUCAACGUCUUUAUGAUGAAAGACAAGAUGUUCGCGACAAGUGAAUCCAAUUUCUUAUAUGAGAUCGAUGCUAGGACUCUAGACACCUUGAGGAGGGUGAACAUCACGGAUGAAUUUCCAGGUAAGUAGCUGUAUUAAACUGUGGAGACACGUUCGCCUAUCCCUGACUCGUCCCAGUCGUCUCUUUUGUCUCGUCUUGUAAUCCUAAUUUUCAGCUUGCUGUUACGCAUGCUUGGCAAGUAUGUAGCACUCGGAAUGGAAUAGAGCGCAAUCUGAUCGCGCGCGUUUGUACCCUAUAUCACAUGAGAUGUACGCAAAGCACCAGCGUUGGAGCAAAGGCGUUUUGACCUUCGAUUAGAAGCCCGAAACUCGUUGGCAUUCCCUAACCGUUGCUACCAAUAGUUAAGUAUUAGGCAAAGACGUUUAUGAGCGGAAAGCGUCAACUGGAAGUGAGGACUUGACGAUACCGAAUUAUUUUUGCCGUGUCUUUACUUUCACGAUUUUCCACUGCUCAAAAAUGCAAUACGUCCACUUCGGUUUUACUUCGGUCGCUCAAAAACGUCUUUGCUUAAGUAACGGGUGAAACGCGUGAAAGAUCCUGCGGGGAAGAUGGAAAGGACGAGAAAGGAAUUUCUUCCUCUUUCCUCCAUCAUUUGCUUACCCAGCUCCGAGGAACUCUGGAUGUUAAUUACAAACUUUCGUUCCGGAGCAUAUCCCACUCUUACUAGCUUUUAUUCCGGUUUAAUCUUAUGUUUUUUUUUUUUCAGGUGAUGUUAAAAUCAACUCUGCAACGGCCCACCCGCACCAAACCCCGGACGGUUCAGUCAUCAACGUCACUGUAACAUUUGGCCGAAUCUCCUCUUACAAAAUCAUCCAGAUACCACCCUCCUCGGGACAAGCGGAUGUGAAUGCUUUAGAGGGUGGAAGGGUACUUUGCACAAUCCCACCUACAAGUGGUAUAGGGUACUUUCAUAGCUUCUGCCUCACCGAUAAUUACAUCAUUGUGACUGAACAACCACUGAUGGUUGGAAUAUGGAAAGCUCUCGCGCACAAGCUUGUUGCCUCUAGUUUUGAACGCUGGCUUCGCUGGGAUGCAAAACAGCUCGUAAGAUUUCACAUUAUCGACAGAAAAGAUGGUCACCGCGUGGGCAUCUUCACAGCAGAGCCAUUCUUCGUGUUCCACCACAUCAACGCAUUUGAAAAAGAUGAGGAGAUCUAUCUCGAUGCCUGCUGUUACCAUGACAACUCGAUUAUAAAACAGUUGUACCUUCAUAACCUGCGCUCACCUGCAGAAACAGGUCAGAAGAAGUUCGAUGUCCCGGAUGCGCGCCGUUAUAAGCUUCCUUUGGGAGAACUUCGUGAUGGUGAUGAAAAAGAGAAACCUUUGCUCAAGGCAGGUGAUGGGAUGGAUUAUUCUUUGCUGUGCACAGGAAUUGAAUUGCCGAGAAUAAAUUACGAGGAGUUUAAUGGUAAACCAUACAGGUUUGUGUCGGAUUUUAAUUAGUACCAGACUCUUGAAUCCGAUUAUGAGGUACUAUUUAUUGUGAUUAGCUAUCAUUUCGACCGUCACAACCAGUUUAGGGUCUCACCCACAGGCCACCCUGCAUAGCAUGCAGUUCUUCUGUAUCAGUUGAAUUGUUUCACCCUGGUUCGAGUCCUUAUAACAAGAGUAAAGCCGUACUUGCUUAAUUUAACCACCACUGAACACGUAUAAUGAUUUUCAGGUUUGUGUAUGGCGUUGGAUCAUCUGACGUUGGGAUCUUUGCCAAGCUCAUCAAACUUAAUGUGGAUACUGGGGAGUUUGUCACCUGGGAGGAGCCGGAAGGGUUCACGUCAGAACCUGUAUUUGUCAGGACGCCUGAUGGGAAGGCAGAGGAUGAUGGUGUCAUCUUGUCGUGCGUGAUUAAUGUCAAAGACCAGACCACCUCUCUGUUGGUACUGGAUGCCAAAGAAUUCAAGGAGCUGGGUCGCGCUGUUGUCCAAGAAGUUACUCCAGCCACCCUCCAUGGAAUCUUUCAGUAG